CCAACCUUCUUAACCUUUCCCCCCCAGGACGGCCGUGUCGCCCACGCGAUUCGCUCCCUCCAUCCUUCCGAUCGAAUCACAUCUUCGCCGCCGUCGUCGUUGGCGCGCCGUUCGGAUCCACCCGCGAUGCAGACCGGCGGCAGCGGAGACUACGCCUCGUCGGCUCCCCCGGCGGGGCACUACUACCCGCAGCAGUACGCGCCGAAUCCGCCGUACCCCCCGGAGGCCGCCGCCCCCCCGCCGAUCCCGUCGAGCUACGCCUCCGCGCCGCCCUACUCGGCGGGAGGGUACUCCGAUCAGCCGCCAUCGGCCCCGUCGUACUCGCAGCCGCCGCCCCAGUACGCCGGGUACGCGCCGCCGCCCUACAACCCCAGCCCCGCGCCGUUCCAUCCGGAGCCCUCGCCUGCGCCUGCGCUGUUCCAUCCGGAGCCCUCGCCUGCGCCUGCGCCGUACUACAACUACCCGCCGACGGCCGCCCAGCACGCUCCGACGGCGGAACCCAACCCGCCGCCGCUCCCCUACGACGCCCCGUACUACGGAGGCUACCAGCCGCCUACCGCGGGGUACGCCGACGAUGAUUACCUGAACGAGGGGGCGUACGCCUAUAGCGGCGGCGACGGAGGCUCCGAGCCGUACGGGGCGCGGGGCACGGCGCCGACGCGGUCUGGUGCAGCGAUGUUUGAUGACUACGGCCGAUCGAUUGGGCUCUCGUCGGGAGGGGCGGAGCAGCGGCCCACCGGUGGCGAUGGCGGCAGUGUGGCUGGGAGCUUUGGGAAAAUUGCGAGGGCUGUUCCAAAAGCGGAUAGUCAGGAGGAUGCCAGCGGUGGUCCGCAGAAGUUCCGGGUUAAAUUGCUGCCUGAGGGUGCCGGGAGCCCUACCGAUGUGUUUUGUCAGAUUGGUCUGGAUGGAAUUCGCAUGCUUGAUCCCAGCACAAUCAGAACUCUAAGGAUCUAUCCCCUUGAUACACUGACAAAAUGGGAUGUUUUAGAUUCAACUGUAUUUGCAUUCUGGGCAAAGACUCCAGUUGAUUUUGAACCAAAGCGAAUAAGGUUGAAGUCAAACAGCUACACCUCCAGUAAUUUGCUUGACAUUGUGACGGCAGCAACCGUGCAGUUUAAGGAGAUAGGUGGAGAUGCAAGAGUCAGAGGAACUGUAGACAGUAGCAAACCUGUUGCACAACCGAAUGAGAAGAAGAAAGGUUUUGACUGGAUGUUUGCAAAACCUGUUGAUGAAGUCAAAGACCAUUGGGUUCCAGAUGAGGCUGCGAAUAAGUGCCACUCAUGUGCUGCUGAUUUUAAUCCUUUUAACCGCAGGCAUCAUUGUAGGAACUGUGGUGAAAUAUUUUGUGACAAAUGCAGUCAAGGAAGAACUGCUCUGACUGCUGAAGAUAAUGCUCCACUUGUCCGGGUUUGUGAUAGAUGCAUGGCAGAAGUCUCUCAAAGGCUUAGCAUAGCGCAGGAAGCCGCCAACAGGUCUGCCACUGUGCAAAGUCAUGAAGAUCUUGCAAGAAAACUUAAGGAUGAAAUGGAGAGAAAUCGCAGGUCCUCGGGUUCUGCAUCGGGAGGUGCAUCAGGGACCAGAAUGAGGGAAGUUGCAUGUCCUACUUGCACUGUCCAUCUUCAGGUUCAGGUUCCAAGUUCUGGCUCAGAAACAGUGGAAUGUGGGGUAUGCCAGCAUGCUUUCCUUGUCAGCGCCAAUUGAUACACCGGGAGACACAGCAUGUCUAGAGCAAUUAUUCUGUUUAUAACUCAGUUAUUUUGCUAUUCUAUACAUGAUAAGCGUGUGUUCAAUAUGUGGAUGUUUCCUGGUUGUGUUGAUGACCACGACAGGAUAUACUAGAUUUUUUUUUCUUGUACAUGGGUUCAUCCUAAAAUAUAUAUGGUCAGGUCAAUUGCUGCUAAAAAUUGGAACAUGCUGGGUGUUUGUGGAGAAUAUCAAAGAAACAUUCUUUUGUGAUGGCAUGCUUCAAAACACAUAUACAUCUCAACAGGAGUUUUU